AUGAUAAGAUUUCUUCCUAUGAAAAACAUUCGUUGUAUUCAUACAAGAUUCAGAAAAACAACGAUUAUAAACAAUACUUUUAAUGAUAAUAAUAACAGUAAUCAUGAACUUGUAUCAAAUGAAGACCCAAGAAUAUUAACUCCAAAAGAAACAGACCUUAUAAAUAACCUCCCCAUUUUCCAACAAAACAAUGAAGCAAUAAAAUCAAAAAUUUCAAACGGUUCAUCCUUCAAUAAGGAGAAAAAAGAUUAUAUCCGAGCUAAAAUUGAUGUCUUAAAACCAUUAUUCCCAUCAGAAUCAUAUCCAGAUCUCCUAGGUUAUAACUUACCACAUGAUUCCAUAUCUCCAUAUAUUGAUACACAAGCAUCCCUUGGAACAAAUCGAUUAUCAGUAACAAAAUUAUUAACAAAAUCAUGGUGUGAAUUAAGGACAACAUACGAUUUAUACGCAGAAUCAAGAUUGAAAGAUAUCAUACAGCCACCAAGAGAUAAAUAUCUGGAAUCAGGAUCUCAAAUACAUAACACGUUAGAAUUGGAAUUACAUCCAAAAUUAUUAGAUCUAGGGUGGGAGUUGGAACCAGAUCUUUUCGAUUCAUGGUUCGAUACUUUAAAGAAAUUCGUUUCAAUUUGGAAAAUUGGUGAAAGUAGAGAAAUUUUAACUCAUGGUUAUUUAAAUAACGAAACUUUGACUUUGCUUCUUGGGGAUCAAAUGGUUAGAGAUGAAAAUGAUGUUUUAAUUAGUGGGAUUAUUGAUCAUUUAAAAAUACGGGAUAAGAUUAGGGACAAAAACAAAGAUUCAAAUGCUCAAAGAAUGGAUUUGGAUUUGGAUUUGGAUUUGAAUACAAUGUUUAAAGAUUGUGAUAAUAUCGAUACCGUUUUGGAAACAUUGGAAAAGAAUUUCGACACAAUCAAAGAAAAUAAAGAGAUUUUAAUUAGUGAUGUUAAGACAAGAUCAACAAAUAAAAUCCCAACACAAUUCACAAUCUUAAAGGCAACAAAAUUACAAAUCAUGUACUAUAAGUUUUUCUUAGAAAACUUAGGAAUAUCAGUAGCGGCAACUUAUCACAAAUUACUAACGAAUGCAGAAAGAAGAGGUAUAGAUCCGAAUACAAGUAUUGACCCUUAUAAAUUAUUAACUUUCAUGAUAUCGACAAAUGGUAUAUUUGAUGAUGAUAUGGCAAAAUUGAGAGACGGAUUUGAUAUUGGAUUUGAAUUAUUCGAUUCUGAAUUUAAUAUGGAUUCUAGUACAGAUAUGUCAAAUGUUUUUGAUAUGUCACAUAUUCAGUUAGAUACUGAGGCUUUAAAUAUUCCACCUGAAACUAUUGAUAAAUAUAAUGAGUUUUCAACUAACUGGUCACGUCCUGUUACUUUAAAAUAUUUUGCAGCAAGGUUAGCUCAGUUUUAUUUCUAUAUUGGUCAAUUAGUUUCAAAUCAAUUAUCAGUAGAAUAUUAUCAUCGUAAUGAAAACUUCCAUAAUUUGUUGUUCAAUUACGAUGAAGAGUUUUUACAAACGAACGUCAAAGAUAGUGGAAGCUUUUGGUUUGGGAAAAGAGACAUUGAACCAAUAAGGCCAAAUGUUAAGAAUUUUAAAACUUUUUGUAAAUACUGUGACUACGCUGAUGUUUGUGCUUGGAAAUUUGAAGGUGAAGAGAAAUGUAAAGAACUCGGAUCAGAUCUUCAAAACAUAUAUGAAAAAAAAGAUGAUAUGUCAUGA